UUUGGGAUCCUUUUAACCUUAUCCACUUCUAAAACCUUUCUCAAUUUAUUUCCCCCGCCUCUCGUGGUAGCACAUAGCCCGCCUGAAAUUCUCCGGCGACCUCAUUCAAAAUCCCACCGGAGUUGACGGCAGCCGAAUUAUUUGCUCCGUUCUUAAAGGUAUAGGUGUAUAUACGGUUUCUUCUGGAUUGGAGAUGGCUUCCCUGUCUACUCCAUGCCUUUAUCCUGAUAGAGGACGGAAUGGAGUAUUUUAUGCAAAUGGAUGUGUUGGCGGGAAACCUUUAUCAAAUUUCCUGAAGACACCAUUUAUCGGUUCAUUUCCAGUACGAUUACUGCUGGUUGGAAAUGCCUUGAACAAGUCACCGCAGAGAAAUCAGUUAGUUCCUUGCAUCAGGUGCGAGAACAGGGAUGAAUCAUAUGAAGAUGUAACGGUGGAGCGCCCACCGUAUCAUACUUACAUGGACUCAACUUCUGGGCAGCUUGAACCAGCUUCAGGGGCACGUGCAAGUAUUCCAGGAGAAGAAUACUGGCCAGAAGGAACUGCUAGUCGUGUGAGAGCUGCAAGGGCUCCAGAACCAACUGGUACAUCUAUGGGAUCUCCAUCUUAUGGCCAAAAUCCAGGAAGUAGGAGAAAGAAGAAUAGAACACUAGCAGCUGCUGCUCACGAUUCAUCCGAAGUGACUGAAGUAGAUUCGAGCGACCUGGUGAUCUCUGAAAUUUCCGAGGAUUUUAUUGAAGAGCCUAAAGACGAUACUUCGCAGUAUGUUGUUUAUCAAACAGAACCUGACGAGGAAGUAACUGGAUUUGAUUUAGACAAAAAAACUGGAAAUCCCCACCCAUUCAUCGACCCUAAAAAGAAGAAGCCAAUAGAGGAGCCACGCACAAGUGAGGAACUUUGGUGGAAUUGGAGAAAGCCAGAAAAAGAGCAGUGGUCUAGGUGGCAAAGAAGGAAACCAGAUGUUGAAACGGUUUUUCUCAAAGCAAUGGCACAGACUGGGCAGAUAAAGCUGUAUGGUGAACAGCCAACAUUAACUGAAGUUUCUCUUUACAGGGCUCGACGACAUCUAUACAAAGAAGAAAGACUUCAAGCGGAACAGGAGAGAUUGGAAAGAAUAGGUCCCAUUGCAUUCUACUCAGAAUGGGUCAAAGAUUGGAAGAGAGAUACCUCAAAGGAUGCCAUAAGAAAACAUUUUGAAGAGACUGGAGAAGAUGAAAACACCCAAAUGAUUGAAAUGUUCCAAAAUCAAACAGAGAGAGAGUUUCGCAUUAUGAUGGGGACUGAUAUUCGCAUUCGCAGGGACCCAUUGGCAAUGCGUAUGCGAGAGGAUCAGAUUAAGCAAAUAUGGGGUGGUGAUCCUGUGUACCCUACUGUCAACUACAUUCAAGAUCCAAAUGAAAUAAUUGAUUAUAGAGGACCAGAUUUUCAUGAACCAACACCUGGCAUGCUAGAUUUUCUGAAGGAGCAUGGUAAAAUUAUAUCAAGAGAGGAGCUUCAGGAAAUUCUGGCUAAAGAAAAAAACGAAGAGCUUGAGGUGACAGAUAUGGAUGAUGCCAUGGCCCAAGCUAUCGAUAUUGGUGAAAAUGACGAUGGAGAGGAUAGCGAGGUCGAGGGUGAUGAAGAGGCAGAGGAAAAAAUCACACGCAAUUGGAGUGUCUUGAAAAGCAGUCCCCAUCUCAGCAAGCAAAAGGGGAAACCUAACAAGAAGGAUCCCGCAUCACUGGAUGGAGCCAUUGAUGAGUCUGAGAACUUAACUGAUUUUCUCAUGGAUUUCGAAGAAGAUGAGUGAUGAUUCUUUCCUUCUUUAAAAUUCUAAAUAUAAAGUGUCUACUUCCUAGCUAGCUAGCUCCCUACAUAAGCUAUACUUGAGAAAACUAUUAGACUGAAUUUCUUGAACUGUCUGUUAAAGUUUUGAUUUCACUAUGAUCGUUAGUAUUAGUUUAUUGAUGAAGUCAUUAAUAAGCUUUAGAUCUUUACCAUUUUAAAGCCACCUCUUGUUUUCUAUUUAGUUAAAAUAAAUGCAAGUUUUCUAAAAUUAUUAUUCA